AGGUGUGAGUGCAGGAAGCAGAUUCUAAGAAAUCCGAAGGUGUUCUGCAACAUGAAGUAUACAUUUGUCCUGAAAGUAAAAGUUCUCUCAGCUCAUGACAAAGGGUCACACGCAGAGGUCAUUGUGAAGGUCAAGAAAGUGUUGAAACUGACAAAGUUGAAGGUUCACCGGGGCAAACAAGUUCUGUAUCUAGAAUCAUGGACAAACCGAGGCUGCACAUGCCCAGUUCUGAAUCCUGGUACAGAGUAUCUAGUUGCAGGGCAUGAGGACAUUCAGAGCGGCCAUCUGAUAGUCAACCUGAAGAGCUUUGUCCAGGCUUGGAAACCUGAUCUCGGCCGAAGGAUAGCUCACAUCUUGAGAGCAAAAUGCUAGAAGUGCCCUAUGUUUGAAAGCAGCAGGAUGUUUCCCGAUUGUAUUGAGCAGGUCUCUGUCCUAAGGGAAUCUGUCAGCCAGUGAUCAUUAUGUUAAAGCCCUCAAACAUGGUGGUUUCAGAUCUAAACUGGCCUUGGAUUCCUUUCUUUCUUAAAAAAAAAUCUUUUUGCUUUUUUUGUAUGUAAUAACGCACUUUAUUAGCUGACGGGUCAUGACAGGGGAGAGAUUAUUAGAUAUGCAACUCGAAAGGUUAAUACAUUAAGGUGACAGGACAUUUAAUAGCUAUACUCUAGCUGUGAAACCCUCGCCACCUCUCCCCACCCUCCCCACACACACACAUACGCUCACACGCCCACAUACAUAGACUUAAAUACAAAGACAUACACACAGACAUAGACAAAUCCACACACAGUCACAUAGACAUACACAUACACAUGCACGCAGGUAUACACACACAUCCACAUAUACACACACACACUCGGCUCUGUAACACUGACAUGGAUUUUGAAUCAGAGGGACGUUGCAUUGGCGGAGUUUUGUGUGAUUACAAACCGUCAAACCAAAUUAGUUGCAACAUUGUGUCCUGGUAGUUGGCAUCUUUCAUAUUGGUAUCAAGGACAGAUCCCACACACCGAGCAUGAAACUGGACCCUUCAGACAGUUCAACGGGCUACAGGCCCCCAUCUGUAAUAGACGGUUAGCUUUAUAGUGAUAGGUAGUGUCCUUAAACAGAGUUUUGUUGUUCUGAUUUGGAGUCUCCCUUUACCACUGGACUUUGUGUCUAACAUUAAAGGUUUUCUGCAGAAGAAUGAUAAUUUUAUGUCGAUGUAAACCUUAUGCACUGGACUUAAAAGGGAAAAUUGCAGUGUUACAUGUUGAUGUGUAGACUUUGAACAAUAAAGUAUAGAAAUGUGUAUGCACUUAGCAGUCCAAUGGAUUUGCAAAAUAUUUUGCCCUUUUUUACUUCUUAAUUUACACAAUAAAAUUGGCUGAACUGUA